GAACAGAACACUACAAUCUCCCACAGAAAAUAGUCUCUGUUCACACUGUGCUGUGUGGAGUGGUGGAAAAUAUGGAUCCAGAUGCCUUCUCUGCGAACUUGUUCAAGUGGGACUUACGUGGGAUGGUUGUGCCGACGAACCGGGUUCAGCUCGAAGCAGCCGUGCCGCCAGCAGCGGCAGCUGCUGCGGGGGCGGUUGGUUAUACUUUGCGGGCGCCAAGAGAGCUUGGACUUGGAGGGCUUGAAGACUUGUUCCAGGCUUAUGGGGUCCGAUACUACACGGCGGCGAAGAUAGCGGAGCUUGGAUUUACUGUGAACACCCUCUUGGACAUGAACGAUGAUGAGCUUGAUGACAUGAUGAGCAGCCUCUCUCAGAUAUUCCGCUGGGAGUUGAUUGUUGGGGAGAGGUAUGGUAUCAAAGCUGCCGUCAGAGCCGAGCGCCGCCGCCUUGAGGAGGAGGACUCUCGGCGGCGCAACCCUGUCUCUGGUGAUACCACCACCAAUGCCCUAGAUGCUCUCUCCCAAGAAGGGACUGUCGAGGAGCCAGUGCAACAAGAGGAGGAGAUGGUGGGGAGCGGAGUAGGGAUGGCGUGGGAGGUUGUGACGGCGGGGGAGAGGCGGAAGAAGCAGCGGAGGAUGAAAGGGCAAUAUAGGAACUGUAGUGCUGGAGGGGGUCAUAAUAAUGAUCAUAACGAGGGUGUAGACGACAAGGACGACAUGAAUGGGCAGGGGAACGGUGGAGGAGGGGGGUUGCUAGGCGAGAGACAGAGGGAGCACCCGUUCAUCGUGACGGAGCCUGGGGAGGUGGCACGUGGCAAAAAGAACGGUCUUGAUUACCUCUUCCAUCUCUACGAGCAGUGCCGUGAUUUCUUGAUCCAGGUCCAGAACAUUGCCAAGGAGCGCGGUGAAAAAUGUCCAACCAAGGUGACAAACCAGGUGUUUAGGUAUGCCAAAAAGUCAGGCGCAAGCUACAUCAACAAGCCGAAGAUGCGGCACUAUGUGCACUGCUACGCCCUGCAUUGCCUGGACGUGGAGGCGUCGAAUGUGCUGAGGAGAGCGUUCAAGGAGAGGGGCGAAAAUGUUGGGGCAUGGCGGCAGGCGUGUUACAAGCCUCUUGUGGUCAUUGCAGCAGGCCAAGGCUGGGACAUCGAUGUCAUUUUCAAUUCUCAUCCCCCUCUCUCCAUCUGGUACGUUCCCACGAAGCUCCGUCAGCUUUGUCACGCCCAGCGCCACAAUGCCACCGCCUCUAGCUCUGCCUCCGGUGGCGGGGGCGAGCACCUGCCCUAUUGAUCAAAGUUUGUGUUCCACUGUAUAACUUACAAAACGCUUCUGCAGAGGGCGAGAGAUUUUGGGCAAACGAAGGAGGGACUUAUAUAUGUACUAUUAAGGCUAGGGCAGACUGAAUGAAGAUGUUAGGAUCUAACUAUGAUUUACUAAUUAAAAAGCUUGCUAUUUUAACUAUUGUCAAUU